UGUACUUUUCAUUAUUGAAAAUGAGGAAUUCUGCUGGUUCAGUAGUUUUUUUAUGUUUGGGUCUUAUUGCUGCAUUCUCCCUAGGGUUGAGUUCAGCCCAAAACUGUGGAUGUGCUGCCCGCGGGUUGUGUUGCAGCAAGUUUGGGUAUUGCGGCACUGGAAACGACUACUGCGGCGAAGGAUGCCGAGAAGGGCCGUGCUACGGCAGCUCCGCUAACUGUGGGUGUGCAGCCCGCGGGUUGUGUUGCAGCAGGUAUGGGUAUUGCGGUACUGGAAACGACUACUGCGGCGAAGGGUGUAGAGAAGGGCCGUGCUACUCCUCCCCUGGAGGCGGCGGAGGCGGAAGCGGAAGCGGAAGCGGGUCGGUGUCUAACAUCGUGUCAGAUUCGUUUUUCAACGGAAUUGCCAAUCAAGCGGGUCCGAGCUGCGAAGGAAAGGGGUUUUACACGCGAAACUCAUUUCUUGAAGCCGCCAAGUCCUACCCCAAGUUCGGAACCACUGGGAGCACCGAUGACAUUAAGCGGGAAAUAGCUGCGUUUUUCGCCCACAUAACUCAUGAAACUGGACAUUUGUGCUACAUAAGGGAGAUCAACGGUGCAUCCAGAAACUACUGUGACCCCAACAACAGACAGUACCCCUGUGCACCCGGAAAGAUGUACUACGGUCGUGGACCUAUCCAACUAUCCUGGAAUUACAAUUACGGUGCCGCCGGUCAAAGCAUCGGUUUCGAUGGCCUAAACAACCCAGAUAUUGUUGCAACCAACCCUAUUAUUUCCUUCAAGACCGCCCUAUGGUUUUGGAUGAACAAUUGUCAUUCUUGCCUCCUGUCGGGUCAGGGUUUCGGCUGCACCAUUCGAGCUAUUAACGGCCCGCUUGAGUGCAAUGGCGCUAAUCCUGACACGGUUACCAAGAGGGUUAAUUAUUACACCAAGUAUUGCCAGCAGCUUGGUGUUAAUCCUGGGAAUAAUCUCAGAUGCUAGAUAUAUACUUAAAUAUUACACUCUGCCACCUGCCAAUGGCUAGCAGGGUUGAGCUCAGCCCAAAGCUGUGGGUGUGGUGUGGAUACUUGUUGUAGCCAGUGGGGGUAUUGCGGCACUGGGGAUACCUACUGCGGUGCAGGGUGCCAGCAAGGGCCGUGCUACGGCUGGCCGGUGUCCAGCAUCGUGUCCGAUUCCUUUUUCAAUGGAAUUGCCAAUCAGUCGGAUCCCAGCUGCGAAGGGAAGGGCUUCUACACAAGAACCUCGUUUCUUCAGGCCACUAACUCAUACACCGAGUUUGGGACAGUUGGGACAGCCAUCGUUGCUAGGCAGGAAAUUGCAGCAUUUUUUGCCCACUUUACUCAUGAAACUGGACAUAUGUGUUACAUAAACGAGAUCAACGGUACGUCCAGAAACUAUUGUGACACGACCACGACACAGUGGCCCUGCACUCCCGGAAAGAACUACUACGGUCGUGGACCACUCCAAUUGUCGUGGAAUUUCAACUACGGACCAGCUGGCCUAAGCAUUGGCUUCGACGGUCUGAACAACCCAGACAUCGUUGCCACAGACUCGGUUACUUCCUUCAAGGCCGCCCUGUGGUUUUGGAUGAACAACUGCCAUUCUCUCAUCACCUCCGGUCAAGGUUUUGGAGCCACCAUUCAAGCAAUCAACGGCCUACUUGAGUGCAAUGGGGCUAAUCCUGCGGCUGUUAACGCCAGGGUUCAGUAUUACAAAGACUACUGUCAGCAAUUUGGUGUUAAUCCCGGUAAUAACCUCACAUGCUAA